CUGACGGUCAGAUUCUCUGCUCCGCAAGAGACACAUACCAUACAUAGUAAAUAUUCUUAUAUCAGUAUGAAAAACAUUGGAAUACUGGAAAAAAUCUAAACAUGUAACCUAUUUAGAUUUGACAUCAACUAAAAAAUUUGGACAAAACUACGACUUUAAGGUAAAGCUGGAUUUUCUCAAUGGAACAUUUAAACGUGACAACAUUGGAUAUCGUCGUAGAGCAUGCUGCAGCGAUACUUUGAAUAUGUCCUACAAACUUUAGAAUAAAACAAAAGUCGAUCAGUUUUCAUAGGUAGUAAAUGGUGACAGGGGACUGUCUGUUACUACCACUGAAAGUCGACUGUAUCUCUUUUUUUAUCAGCAGAUAUGAUAAAGUAAUAAUUUUCCCACAAAAUAAAAAAGAUCCACGCUGAAUUCUUCAUAUUUUGACCAAACUAGAGAUAAUUUACGGGAAAUCUCAAACUGUUAUACGGCUUGUCCAGGCGUGACGCUGUGACGUUUUUGACACACUAAACCGCUCGUAUGUGAAAAACUAUUAAAGCUGGUGAGUUCGUUUAAACACCAUUCGACGCAGCUCAACGCCCUCUAUCUCCAGUAAGGUUUUUGAAAAUUUUCAGAGAAAAUCACCGAUGAAAAUUUUUAUUAGCAAACGGUUAUGUCGAGGAGAGAACUGUCUACACGUUAGUAAAAAAAAUUUCAUUCCAGGAUCCUCGUGGAUCGCAGACACGUUAUUUUAUUGCCGUGACGCUGUGGCAAUCUUCUUUAGGAGAGCAACCCCUGGUACUCAGCACGGCCAAAAGAACUUUGUUUUUAUCUUUACUAGAGCUCCUGCUAGGUACUCACGAUUUACGAGAGAACUGACACUCUAAACUUCAAACCCCGACUGGAAAUAGCCCGAAGCCUGGAAAUUCUGGUGCUCGGCGAAAAAAUUCACUGUCAAAACAAAAUGAUCCAUUUUGUGGAGAAUUUAAUUAUCUAUCGACCGGUGUACUUUCUAUAUUUUCUAGACUAAAUUUCUAGGUCAGAAAAUUGAAAUUAAACUUUUUUAAAAACUUAAACUCAAUUUUUUCAAACCAAAAUUUUGUUUUAAAAGAACACGAGAGUCGUAAUUAGCAUGAAAAACUGCGUCUGGCGCUGUGCCUGAACCAUUUCCACAACGGAAAUUUUUUUUUAAAACUUAAUCAGCGAAGUAUCGCGUUACUUGGACAAGCCGUAUUUUAUGAUAAUGCUUGUUCUCUACUUUCAUUCAUUGACAGUUCUGGUUGUUUUGGAAUAGUUAACUUUGUCUGUGUUGCCGCAUCUAGAUAAUUUUGUUGAACAAAUAAUCAAAAGAGACAGUAGAAAAUGCUAUCCCAGAAAAAACGUCCUAUCAGAAAAGUCUAGAUACUAUUGCCCGUACAUCAGGCGAUUUCUUUUUUAAUCAGGCAAGGCAAAUGAAUAAAAAGAUCAACCUAACCAGAUAUAUCUGCUAAUUUUAUCAGUAGAAAUAAACGAUGCCAGGUUUCUUUUUGGGCUUUAGUAAUGCAGUUUCUUUCUUGUUCAGAAGACGCUUCAGAACGGGUCUAUAGACUAGUCAAGCUACUUUCCGAGUACGAGUCAUUUCGUAGCGGCUUCGAGUCGAGUCGAGUCAAGAUAUUUUUGCCAUUUUUUUUCUAUAUAUAUGUAAUAGUGCUGACGAAGAACAAGACAGCAAUAGAGAACGUAUAAAAUUGCACAGAACAUGAUUAAUACGUUAAUCAAAUUUAUUUUAUUGUGAUAUUUCGACAAGUUCUCUUGCCAUCAUCAGACAAUAAAGAUUGUUACAAAAUGUCAAAAGAAAGAAAGAAGUAUAAAAACAGUUUUGUACUUUCUCUACAAUUUAAUUCGAUUUUCAACUGCGCUCUCUCCAAGUUUUAAGACAGCAAUAAUCAGUCGUUGUCUCUUUAGCACUUUGUCUCCGUCUUGUGCUUCGUCAGCACUAUUACAUAUAUAUAUAUACUCUAAUUAAUUAUAUGUUCUUCACAUUUAGUCUACUUUUGUCUGACCAGGGCGCCUUUGACAUUGAAACGUAACAAUAAAAAUAAAACAAUAAAAAGUAUUCAGAAAUACCCAAAUUUAUACAAGAGGAAAUGUAUGCAAAGCAGUUAGUGAAUAGAAUUUUUAACAUUUUUCGGUAUACUGCUUCAGAAUAUCCAUUAUCUUUUUUUUCGUUCUGUUAAAAUCUUAUUCUAUACAGUUAUUUCGGAUAAAAUGAAGGGAUUGUGUAUUAAAAACAUGCGAAAAGAAAUGUAAUAACUGAAUAAAUCAGUUGCAACCGUUGUCGACAAUGUGUACGCAAUUCAAACAACUUUCAAGGUGAAGUAGAAUUCUCUUAAACACUAUAGGUAUUUUUCGCAUUAUUUUCAUUAUUUUCCUUUUCUUUUCUUUUGUGACAAUCUUUGUGAUACUGCUCAGUAGUACAGUAUAAAAAAUGACGCUGAAAACAAUGUGAAAAUAUGAAUCAAACAAGCAGUAAUUCUGACGUAGAAAAAUUCACUAACGAUAUAGAUCAGGUAGUUUUGCAUUACUUACUUACAUCUCGCUGAAAAUUGGAAAGAUUUUUGUUCUUUUUUUGUAGUGGGUUACCGGCAGUAAUAAUAGUAAAACACCUAACGAAAAGUUAGUAUCAGACAAAAAUACAUUUAUAUGAUCAUCUAGAAUAUAGCCGAAUUUUAAAUUUAGAAUCAAAGACUAUGGUCAAAUACAAUUUGUUGAAAAUGAGCGUUUGUCCAUGUUUAUUCGUUUUCCAUUUACACCAGUGAUCAACGAUACAGUUUCGCAGGAAAAUAAAGCAUUAACAGCUAAAACAGCAGAAGAAAUUGUUAAGUUUAUGAGAGAAGGGUGGAAACUACGAUCACCCCAGUUGAUUAUAUCUGUUACGGGUGGAGCUCAACUAUUUGAAUGGACAUCGCCAAGCAUGGAAAAUGCGUUUCAGAAAGGUUUAACAUCGGCUGCAGUAACAACAGGUGAUAAUAAUAUUCAUUAG